AUGGCCUCCCCCUCCGCCUCCGAUGGCGAGCUCUCGUCGUUUCCGGUGGAGGCGCGCCGCAUCGUGGUCACCCACCGCCUCCCCCUCCGUGCGGAACCCAAUCCGGACGCGCCGCACGGCUUCGAUUUCUUUCUCGACGCCGACUCGCUCCCGCUCCAGUUCGCCCGCGGUCUCCCCCGCCCCGUGGUCUUCGUCGGCGCGCUCCCCUCCGCCGCCGCGUCGAUCCCUGCGUCCGAGGAGCUCGCGGCCGAUCUCCUCGCGCGCUUCGUCUGCAGCCCGGUGUUCCUGGAGCCCAGCCUCCACACGAACUUCUACGACGGAUUCUGCAAGCACUACCUGUGGCCGAUGCUCCACUACCUCCUGCCGUUCACGCCCUCCUCCAGCGGUGGCGGACUGAGCUUCAACCCGGACCUCUACCGCGCCUACCUCACCGUCAACACGCAGUACGCCGACCGCGUGUUCGAGCAUCUCAACCCCGAUGAGGACCUCGUUUUCAUCCACGACUACCAUCUCUUGGCCCUCCCCACCAUCCUCCGCCACAAGUCGCCGCGCGCCCGCAUAGCCUUCUUCCUCCACUCGCCUUUCCCCACCUCGGAGCUCUUCCGUGCCAUCCCGGUUCGCGAGGAGCUCCUCCGCGCCCUCCUCAACGCCGACCUUGUGGGCUUCCAUAACUACGAUUACGCCCGCCACUUCCUUUCCGCCUGCGCCAGGCUCCUCGGCGUCUCCAGCCACACCCAUCGAGGCUACAUCGGCAUCGACUACUUCGGCCGCAAUGUUGUCGUGAAGAUCCUCUCCGUCGGUGUCGACAUAGGCCAGCUACGUGAGGUGUUGUCAUCGCCCGAGACGGCAGCAAAGGCCAAGGAGGUCGCCACGAGGUUCACCGGUCGUCAGGUGUUGCUCGGGGUGGACGAUGUUGAUCUGUUCAAGGGGAUUGACCUCAAGCUCUUGGCCAUGGAGAGGCUGCUAGAGUCGCGGCCGGAGCUGCGUGGCCGGGUGGUGCUCGUGCAGAUCAACAACCCGGUGCGGAGUCCUGGGCGCGACACCGACACGGUUCGCGCGGAGGUGCAGGCGACGCGGGAUCGGAUCAAUGCCCGCUUCGCCAAGCCGGGGUAUGACCCGAUCGUGAUGAUCGACGACCCCUUGAGGAUGCACGAGAAGCUGGCGUUCUACGCCUCGGCAGACAUCUGCAUCGUCACCGCCGUGCGCGACGGCCUGAACAGGAUACCGUACAUCUACACCGUGUGCCGGCAGGAGGGUCCGAUCUCCAGCGGCGUGGCGGGCGCGCCGAGGGAGAGCGCCAUCGUCCUGUCCGAGUUCGUCGGGUGCUCCACGUCCCUGGGCGGCGCGGUUCACGUCAACCCGUGGAACGUGGACGACGUCGCCGAGGGGAUGAGCUCGGCGCUGAGGUUCAAUGGGCGCGACAAGCAGAUGCGGCAGGAGAAGCACUACAGGUAUGUUGUCACGCACGACAUUGCCUACUGGGGGAGGUCGCUCGACCAGGACCUGCAGAGGGCGGGCAAGGAUCACGCGUCGAUGAACUUCUUGAGGGUGGGGCUCGCCAUGAACUUCCGCAUCGUCGUGCUUGGUCCCAACUUCCAGAAGCUUUCACCUGAGCACAUUAAUCCAUCGUACCACCGCACCGGCAACAGGCUCAUCUUACUGGACUAUGAUGGCACAUCAGUGGGCGGAGGAAGGAUGAACUGGCUCGAUGGCUUGCGCCCUGUGAAAGUCUGGGGAUCUCUGCAGAGCACGGCUUACUUCACAAGGUGGAGCAGGGAUUCUCCAUGGGAGUCACCCAACAUGUUGGUAGACUAUGAUUGGAAAAACAUUGUUGAGCCAGUAAUGAAGCAUUACUGCGAUGUGACUGACGGGUCAUACAUUGAGGCUAAAGAAACAGCACUAGUCUGGCACUACGAGGAAGCUGAUCCAGUUUUCGGAUCAAGUCAGGCCAAAGAGCUCCAGGACCACCUGCGCGACGUGCUUGCCAAAGAGCCUGUAUCUGUGAAAAGCGGCCACCAGAUUGUGGAGGUUAAUCCUCAGGAGGUGGGCAAAGGAACCGCCGUGCAGAGGCUCAUUGCCGCCUUGGGGGCUCGCGGAAGAAUGCCAGCUUUCAUCCUAUGUGUUGGCGACGACGGGUCUGACGAAGACAUGUUCAAGGCUAUCAGUGCGCCUUCCAGCAAGUCCGCGUUCCCAGAGGCUGCCGAGACAUUCGCCUGCACCGUCGGCAACAAGCCAAGCCUGGCGAAGUACUACCUGGAAGACCCCGACGAAGUUCUGAAGAUGCUCAAGGGCCUGAUGGACUCGUCGGCGCAGCAGCGUCCCGGGGCCCGGGGAGGGUCGCGACCUCAGGUCUCGUUCGACGACCCCUAG